CCAUGAGGGGGUGUUCGAGCCCUCAGUCCAGACAAAGGUUGGGGAACUCGGGCACAUUCAGUCCAGUCCAGAGCCUGGCCCCUAGAAGGGAAAGUGGGCGUCAGUUCCUGGUCUGGUAGGUGAGGGGGCUCUGGAGCCGGAAGACUCAGGAUAUGGAAGGGAGGCCCUGUCUGUCCCUGGUGAUGGGAUGGAAUUUAGCAGGCUGAGCAUCCGCGCCUUUGGGGUAACUGAAUCUGGCCAGUAAUUUGGAUGGGAAUGCCUAGGUUCCUGGGUUGGGGGUGUGUGAGGACAGCAGUGGGUGGGUUAAUAAGGAAUUGAGGGGUAGCCCCAGCAGUAUUUGGCAUGUACACAAUAAAUGUUUGAGGAUCUGAGAGGGUGGCCGGGCCCCAGUGAGGAGAAGGUGCCGGGGUCUUUGAGCUCCUGAAGAACGUGGAGGAGGGAUGGAAGGGAUCCCAGAUAGCUCUGAGGUGUGCAAAGCCCAAGAGAGGGCCGGGCAGCCUGUUGGGAGUUGGAAGAGAAGGUCUGCAUGGGGGACCUGCACCAAGGCCCUUGGGGUCUGGAGAGGUGCCAGGUUGGAGCUCCCUGGCUUUCCCCUACCACAGACACCACCGCCACCGUCAGGCCAACACUGUUCGCCUCAGUUUCUCCCACCCCCACCGCCCUCUUCUCCACCCAUCCAGGGGGCGGGGCCAGAGGUCAAGGCUAGUGGGUGGGAUUGGGGAGGGAGAGAGGUGUUGAGCAGUCCCUUGGAGAGCCCUCAUUUUACCAGGCCCCCGACUUGGGGCGCCGUCCUUCCCCAUGGCGGGACACCUGGCUUCCGACUUCGCCUUCUCACCCCCACCGGGCGGUGGAGGCGAUGGGCCAGGAGGGCCGGAGCCGGGCUGGGUUGACCCUCGGACCUGGCUGAGCUUCCAGGGCCCUCCUGGUGGGUCAGGAAUUGGGCCGGGGGUUGGGCCGGGUGCUGAGGUAUGGGGGAUUCCCCCGUGCCCCCCGCCAUAUGAGUUCUGCGGAGGGAUGGCAUACUGUGGACCUCAAGUUGGAGUGGGGCUGGUGCCCCAAGGCAGCCUGGAGACCUCUCAGCCCGAGGGUGAGGCGGGAGCAGGGGUGGAGAGCAACUCCGAGGGGGCCUCCCCCGAGCCCUGCACUGCCCCCACUGGUGCCGUGAAGCUGGACAAGGAGAAGCUGGAGCAAAACCCUGAGGAGUCCCAGGACAUCAAAGCUCUGCAGAAAGACCUCGAGCAAUUUGCCAAGCUCCUGAAGCAGAAGAGGAUCACCCUGGGAUACACCCAGGCCGAUGUGGGGCUCACCCUGGGGGUUCUCUUUGGGAAGGUGUUCAGCCAAACGACCAUCUGCCGUUUUGAGGCUCUGCAGCUCAGUUUCAAGAACAUGUGUAAGCUGCGGCCCUUGCUGCAGAAGUGGGUGGAGGAAGCUGACAACAACGAAAAUCUACAGGAGAUAUGCAAAGCAGAGACCCUGGUGCAGGCCCGAAAGAGAAAGCGAACUAGUAUUGAGAACCGAGUGAGAGGCAACCUGGAGAACAUGUUCCUGCAGUGCCCGAAACCCACACUGCAGCAGAUCAGCCACAUCGCCCAGCAGCUCGGGCUCGAGAAGGACGUGGUCCGAGUGUGGUUCUGCAACCGUCGUCAGAAGGGCAAACGAUCAAGCAAUGACUAUUCGCAACGGGAGGAUUUUGAGGCUGCUGGGUCUCCUUUCUCAGGGGGACCGGUAUCCUUUCCUCUAGCACCAGGGCCCCAUUUUGGUACCCCAGGCUAUGGGGGCCCUCACUUUACUACGCUGUACUCCUCGGUCCCUUUCCCUGAGGGUGAGACCUUUCCCUCUGUGUCUGUCACCACUCUGGGCUCUCCUAUGCACUCAAACUGAGGUAGCCUGCCCUUCUCAGGAAGAGGGGCAGAGGAAAGGGGAGAGCUAGGGAAAGAGAACCCUGGGGUUCCUGCCAGGGCUUUGGGAUCAAGUUCUUCAUUCACUAAGAAAGGAAUUGGGAACACAAAGGGUGUGGGGGCAGGGAGUUGGGGGAACUGGUUGGAGGGAAGGUGAAGUUCAAUGAUGCUCUUGAUUUUAAUCCCCACAUCACUCAUCACUUUGUUCUUAAAUAAAGAAGCCUGGGACACAGUGGAUGGAUAC